UGCGUGUGUGUGCAUAUGUGCAAGCGUGUGUGUGUGUGUGAGAGAGAGAGAGAGAGCGAAAGAGAGCGAGCACAAUGUUCAAUACUCCGAGCAUCUAGACAUUGUGCCGGGUGGGAGAAGAGACAAUUAAAUCCACGAUCCAAAAAAAUCAUAAUAACUGACACCCGGAUUAAAUACUAAAGGUUUUGCUCCUUUCCAGCCUCGAUCUUGAUUAAGGAUUCUGCGUACAAGUCUGAAAGUUCUCCGGGAUGUGAGCUCUUGUGGAGGAUGAGCUAAGCGGAGCAGUGCACGGCUGGAUUCUUCAAGGUUUGGAGCGCAGCUGCUGCCUUCAGCCACUGACGGGAGGACCUUGCACACGAGGAGGAGAGCUGCCUCCGUUUCUCUCUCUCUCUCUUUUUUUCCUCCCUCAGUCUCACAGAGACAGGCAGCAUCCCUCAGCCCCGGCACUGAAAACAGAAGACUUUCAAGGGGAGAAAAAAAGAAUAAUGGGGAAGAAAAAAAUGGGAUUAUAAAAGCAGGGAGUAAUCAAGGAAAAUCUGAAGCAAGGACGAAUAUAGUUGAAAAUAGAUUUGCAUCUCAGGCUCUUGUGUUUGUUAUUUUGGGUCUUUGAGAUUUUGGUGGUGCAUUGCCUUUCUUCAGCCAGCCUGAGGAGUAUAGGAUCACAAAUAGCAUUUUAAGGCCAUGGACAUUGCCUCUUCUCCUGCCUCUGGGCUGACCAUGACAAACUGUUCUGUUUUUAUGUGAUCCUGCUGUGAAUUCUGCUGCUGCAGUGGUCUUCUUCGAGCAAAUAUCCAUCCCACACAUUGGCAUCUGUAUUCAGAAGGCCUGAGAGAUUCCAGAAACAAACCCUAACGAGAAGGCUCUUUAGUUGAACAAAAACAUGGCCAAGGGGAAGAUCUCUUCUCCAUGUGAGCCAUGACAGUAUGGUGGACUGUUUGAGUCGAGUCAUGCUGCACACAGCCGUGUCUUGCUGGCAGCCUUUGCUGGGGCUGGCCCUGGUGGCCGUGUUCGUGGGCUCCACUCUUGCCUGCCCCGCUCGCUGCGAGUGCUCCGCCCAGAGCCGCUCUGUCAUCUGCCACCGUAAGCGCUACAACGCAAUCCCUGAUGGAGUCCCAACUGAGACACGAAUCCUUGAUCUCAGCAAGAAUCGUAUUCCAGCCGUCAAUCCUGAUGACUUUUCGGUCUAUCCACACAUAGAAGAACUGGACCUGAGUGGGAACAUCAUUGCUUAUGUUGAGCCCGGAGCCUUCAACUCGCUCUACAGCCUCCACACACUAAGCUUAAAGAGCAACCGUAUCAAGCUCCUCUCUCUAGGCGUCUUCUCCGGCCUCUCCAACCUGACAAACCUGGAUAUCAGUGACAACAAAGUUGUCAUUCUGGUGGACUAUAUGUUCCAGGACCUGCGCAACCUCAGGUCAUUAGAAGUUGGAGACAAUGAGCUGGUUUACAUCUCCCAUCGGGCCUUCAGUGGACUACUGUCACUGGAGAGCCUGACGCUGGAGCGCUGUAACUUGACGGUGGUGCCCACAGAUGCCCUGUCCCACCUGCACAACCUGGUGAGCCUACAUAUGCGCUACCUCAGUAUCAGCUCUCUACAUCCCUACUCCUUCAAGAAGCUCUUCCACCUCCGUCAUCUAGUGAUCGACAACUGGCCAUCGUUAGAUUUGAUCCCUGCUAAUACUCUGCAUGGCCUCAACCUCACCACGCUUUCUAUUACCAACACCAACCUAUCCACUUUCCCUUACCAGGCUCUUCGCCACCUCCAUUACCUCACACACCUUAACCUCUCCUACAGUCGUAUCCGGGUGGUGGAGGGUGGCCUGCUUCAGGACCUGGUGCGAUUGCGUGAGCUGAGGUUGGCUGGGUCUCAACUGGUGUCUAUCGAACCCUACGCUUUCCAAGGGAUCCGCUGGCUCCGUUCGCUAAAUGUCUCCCAAAACCGCCUUGAUACCCUGGAGAGGGGUGUAUUCCAUGCUCCUGAGGCCCUAGAGGUGCUGUUGAUCAACAACAAUCCUCUGGUUUGCGAUUGCCGACUCAUGUGGUUGCUGCAAAGGCGCCAUUCCAUUUCUUUUGGUGACACCCAGCCCGAGUGCAGCACUCCGGAAGGAAUUCACGGACGCCCCUUCAAGGAGUUCAAAGAGACCCUGCUAUCCUACUAUGUGACCUGCACCAAGCCGAAAAUCAGAGAAAACCGAACUCAGAUGGUGUCGGUGGAGGAGGGACAGUCAGCCCGUUUACACUGCAGCGCUGAGGGGUCCCCACGGCCCACUAUUUCCUGGGUCACCCCACGCCGGAGGCACCUGACCAACAGGAGCCAUGGCAGGGUGAUAGUCCACAACAACGGUUCAUUGGAUAUCAAGGCGGCGGAGGUUCAGGAUGACGGUGUGUAUAUGUGUGUGGCCUCUAACACGGCAGGCAAUGACACUCUUAUGGUAUCACUGGCAGUGAAAAGUCUGGGCUCGCUGUAUGCCAACAGGACCCAGCAUUACACAGAUACAAGCAAUGCCACUGCCAAUGGUACCAACCUCCCCAAUGUGACCUUUGGCCUUGACCUAAAGACUAUCUUAGUUUCUACAGCCAUGGGCUGUUUCACAUUCCUAGGAGUGGUUCUCUUCUGCUUCCUGCUCCUGUUUGUAUGGAGUCGAGGAAAAGGCAAACAUAAAAACAACAUUGAUAUUGAGUACGUGCCACGCUCAAAGUCCAAUGGGACCUCUGCCGAGGAGGCGGACCAGGGUGCUGGGCCACGUCGCUUUAACAUGAAAAUGAUUUAAGACGUGGAAAGUAAUACCAGUGGGAAUUUACCCUGAUCUUUGUUUCACAAAUGCUACCUGGAACAGGACUCCUUCAAACCAAUGCCAGGAAACUCAACAGGCCCUAAGGUUCAGUCCAGGUUUUGGUUAAGCUUGGACUUCACUGGAUGCGCAAAGGGAAUUAUAUGUGUCAAUAAUGAACCACUUUCAAUUUAUAUGAAACCCUCUUGGUAAGAGGGGAUGUUCAGCAAACACUCCAACACAAAUUGGGCCCUAUUUUAACGAUCUGAAACGCAAGUGUCAAAGCGCGAAACGCAAGUAAGUUUGUGGGCGGGUCUCGGCGCUGUUGCUAUUUUCCCGGCCGGAUAAAUGGCUCUUGCGCCCGGCGCAAAUCUAAAAUGGGUUGGUCUGAAGUAGCUUCAUUAUUCAUAGGUGUGGUUUGGGCGUAAAGUGAAAUAAACCAAUCAGAGUGUCAUCCAACAUUCCCUUUAAAAGCAGGUGCGCAAGUUCCAUUAUGGAUUGCUAUUAUUAUGGCGUAUUUACCAGGCGCACGCCAGGAGCGGUUCACAGCCGAGGAGACUGAUGUUCUUGUAAGAGCAGUGAAAGACAGAGAAGUUGUGUUGUAUGGGGAUGGGAGAAACCCACCCAAAAUAGCGUCGGUUAAACAGGCGUGGGAGGAAAUAGCCACAAUUGUUUCAUCGAUUUUUUUUCCUGGUUCUUGACGGACAAAUCAAUUUGUCAGAUGUCCUUAUAUACAUAUAUGACCUCAAACAGGUCUGAUCCUUAAUUACUACAAUUAGCCUGAAUAAUUUGUAAGCUAGAUUUAUGCCUAUUUUUUCACAUCUUCGUGGCACACCACAAUGAUUUCCGUCAUCUCAUGUGUUAAUAUUUUUUUAGUGUAACAAUUUAUGAUUUGCAAAAAUAACUGUUGCAUCUGUGUAGAUUACAUGAGCAAAGUGUAUGCGCGUUGUGCACGCUAUACAUUAUGGUCAAGCAUGCGCCCUUAAAAUAGCAUAAUGAACAACGCGCAACGCGCCACUGACUUUAGACUAGUUUUUUCUGGCCAGUGGCGCAAUUGUUUAAUGGAACAGCAAAAUAGCACCAGGGAUUGUUUGCGCCGGAACACGCCUCCUUUUUUGCGCUGAACCGCCCAGGGAGCGCAAGUUCAUUCACUAGUUUAGCGACGUGCUUCUGUGGAGGGAAAAGCGCGCUUUGCGCGGGUGCAAAAUAGGAAUGACACAUGCGUCGGUGUACAAAGUCAAUUGCGCUGGGUGCAAGAUAGGGCCCAUUGUGUACAGAACCAAUUUGUAAAAUUCAAGUAUUACUCUUAUUUGCCGAGGCUCGCACAUGCUUUCUCACUGCGACUAACAGAUGAUCGGGAAUCUGUUCUCUCCCUCAUUAUCCUGCAUAUAUGUACGUAAUGCCCAGUUAUGUAUGUGUAUGUUAACAUGUAUAAACACUUUCUUUUGUUGCAUUGUUCACAAAAUGCAAUGACCGCCAAAAUUUAAACAGGCCUUGAUUCGAAGGAUAUACUGUGUGACCAAGCUAUCGUCUUGCUACUCAAACUGUUUGAGGAUGGAGGACAAAGGGCUUUAGGGGGUGUGAAAUGUUACUCCGGGGAACAUGUGUGCUGUUUGUCUACCCCAAGUUAUUCUCCUGAUAUGAAAAAUAUUAUAUUUGUUUAUAAUCUGGAGAAAAAAAAGAAGAGAGAUUAUUUAUUAGCAAAGGCCUUUACGUUCAAACUCAAUAAUACAAGGUGAAGAUUUUCAAAUGGUUUAAAUUCAUGAUAUUUUCCCCUAUGAUUUUGUUGCAAAUAUACACAUUAAUUAAUACACACCAUUUUUAGUUGUGCUCUUGUCCAUUUCUGUAACUCUAACCCCUCAUCUGGUGCAAAAUACAAAAUGUCUCCAUUUCCAGUCAAUUUACCCUUAUUAAUUUUUUUUAUAAUUAUUUUUCUUUCCUUCGCUAGUAAGAAAUUCUGACUUUGUUGUGGUAGUUUCUCAUUUUGUUGUUGAAUCAUUUAGAUUGUAAACAGUUUAAAGUAAAAGAAAAAAUACAUGUAUGUGGA